UUUUUGCGCAAGCUUGACGGAUUUGGUUAAAGCACGAUAGCAAUCUCUCACGUAAUAAUGUGGACAUAAACACUAUAUAAAUACAGAAUAUAUCUAAUUUAAGUAUCAUUUCUAUCCUACAUUGUAAGGACAUAGUAAAUUUAGAGUGUGUUCUUUCUCUUUUUGACUUGUUUUUAUAGACGCGGACAAACUUCCUUUUUGCGGUUCGGUCCUACCCAGUAGGUUUCCCUACGCAUAUUACAGCGUUAGUAACCAUGAUUUUCCUCGCGCGGGGACAGAAAAUAACACACAUUUAACUCCACGUCUGUCGACAAAAGGCAACAGCGGCAUCUUUAAAGGUCAGUUAGCAUUUUCUUGCUGCGAAAGUUGUAGUUAAAUAACAAGGUCAGUGACCAACAAGUUACGUCGUUGCAGGAGAACACUGUUACCAAAGGCAUAGUAACACGUACUAGUCCGUGCGGUGACUAAAAGUUACAAACGUUUGUACACUAAUACUCGAACUCGCGCUCACAUAUAGUCCGUAAGUGUAAAUUCCCUUUAGCAUAGGUACCGUAAGCUGAACCAGCACACACAGUCACAUAAGUUGAAAAAACCAAAGGACCACCCUCGAUGAGAAGGGCGUUUAUUUAAGUGUCCAUGUCGUAAGGAUGAUGGAGCAGUAGAAAAGGGAAGACGUGAGAGACUUGGACGUACCUCCAGAUUAAUGGGAAGAAUGUCUCGAAUCUUGUUGGACACUCCGAACACUUUGCCUGGGAUACCACGCAGUGUUCUCUCGGUGCCUAUGGAGAAUAAAUACAAAUGUCAGCAGUGUCUCCAGGUCCUGAGGAAGCCUGUCCAGGCUCAGUGCGGCCAUCGCUUUUGUGUGCACUGCUUCAAGCAGCUCACCAGCUCGGGGCCAAAGCCUUGUGAAGCCUGUCGCCAGGAGGAAAUUUUUGAAGAGCCUGUUUCGAUUCUGAACAGUAAUGAGGCUUUCCCUGACAAUGCAGCGGGCCGAGAAAUUGCAAGUCUACCAGCAAAGUGUUUGAACCAGGGCUGCCCGUGGACAGGCUCAGUGAAGGAGUACGAGAGCCAACACGAAGGCCGCUGUGAAUUUGAACAAAUCCAAUGCGAGGCCUGUAAAGUCUGGGUCCUCCGCACGGAGAAGUGCCGACACGAUGAUAGAGAAUGUGAGGCCAGAACGCUCAACUGCAAGUACUGCAAAGUGACGUUCAACUUCAAAGAAAUCAAGGCUCACGAUGAAAUCUGCCAAAAGUUCCCCUUGCAAUGUAAAGACUGUGGCAAAAAGAAGAUCCCAAGGGAAAAGUUCAGCGACCACACCAAAAACUGCAACAAGUCCAAGAGCGCCUGCCCUUUCAGUGGAGUGGGCUGCAAGUCUGUGACAGAGAACGGGAAGCUCGGCGACCAUGAGCACAGCAGUACCAUUGAGCACUUACGCCUGCUGUUGUCCAUGGUAAUGUCGCUGGUCCAUGCACGUGCAGACACUGUCAGUACAGGGGAGUGGCAGGAGGAUUCUGGUCUGGGCCUGUACAGAGCUCCAGAGGAGGCAGUCGUGAGCAGCACUGGAGCUUCAGCCUCGUUGCAGUCUGUGACUCUAGAUAAAAAAGUUACCGCUUUAGAAAACAUUGUGUGCGUCCUGAAUCGAGAAGUGGAGCGAAGCUCGGUCACAAUGGAGGCCUUCACACAUCAACACCGUUUAGACCAAGAGAAGAUUGAAAAUCUAUCUAACAAAGUCAGACAACUGGAAAGAACCGUCAACAUGAGGGACCUGCAGCUGUCGGAGACGGACCAGCUGCUGAGGGAGCUCCAGUUCUGCACCUACGAUGGGGUUUUUGUGUGGAAAAUCACAGACUUUGCGCGUCGGAGACAAGACGCCGUUGCAGGUCGGACGCCGGCCAUGUUCUCACCUGCAUUUUACUCUAGCAAAUAUGGCUACAAAAUGUGUCUUCGGCUCUACUUAAACGGCGACGGAACCGGCCGAGGAACUCACCUAUCGCUGUUCUUCGUGGUCAUGAGGGGCAGGUUUGAUGCUCUGCUCAAGUGGCCUUUUAGUCAGAAGGUGACGCUGAUGCUGUUGGACCAGAACAACAGGGAACACAUCAUCGACGCUUUCCGCCCCGACGUGACCUCCACGUCCUUCCAGCGGCCCAUCAGUGAGAUGAACAUCGCCAGCGGCUGUCCGCUGUUCUGUCCGCUGGCCAAACUGGCGGGCAAGAGCCAAUAUCUGCGAGAUGACACCAUCUUCAUCAAAGCCAUCGUAGACCUCACAGGUUUAUAGAGAACCAGCUGUGGAAGCUGCUAUACAAGGCUACAUGGGGGCAGUGGUGGCUAGGUGGUUAAGGAAGUGGACUUGGGUCCGGUUCGAUUCCACCCCGGCUCACUUUGGCGAUGGGUGAAAAGCAGAGGUCACAUUACGUUGUGUGUGCAGUGGUAUGCUGUGUCACAAUGACAAAAAAAUUCACUUUUGUGUGAAGAAGAGUUUUCAGUGAUCAUUAAAUAAUAUAUAUUUUUAUUAUUAUUAUUAUAAUAAUUAUUAGGGUUGUCAAACUAUAACAUUUUUGGUUUAAUCCUGAUUAAUUCAGAUAAAGCAACGUUCUAAAAUAUGACUAAAAAAAGGUUUUUUCCUGUGUAUUCACGAUAAAUUCCACAUGAAGGAAUUAUUUAAAAAAUCACAAACCUUAACGACCCAAGUCGAUAGACAUUAUUCAUAAACUCCUGGGAAUCAUGAUGCGAGAUGACCCAAAAAAAAUAAAUUUGCGACCCACCUGAGGGUCACGACCCAGUCUUUGGGGAACAUGGAUGGAGUUAUCCAGAUAAAUUGCGCCUUAUUGGGUUGAAAUACAUUAAAAAAUGUAAAGAUUUUGACAGCCCUAAUAAUAAUAGUUAUAUAAUAUGUGACCAUGACAUAUAUGUGUUUAGUCACAUGCACAUAUAUUUUAUAUAUAUAAAAUAAUAUAUUACAUAAAUAUUUUACAUACAUAUAUAAUAUAUUGUAUGAUGAAAGCAUAGUUGGUUCGAUCGUAUGUGAUGGGAAAAGUUCCUACUUCAUAUGAGAAUUUCCUCUUCUUUUUCACGGCCUUUGCAUGUGUUCGUUUGUGUGGGUUUGCGUGUGUUCACACCCGUUUGUGUUGCUUCGUGAUUUCCCCUUCACUCCCACUGACAACGAGGUUUGUUUACACCAGUGGUUUUCGUCCUGGAUCUGUCUCUUACGUAUAUGCAGUCUACGGUAACGCUCUAGCUAGUUCGUCAACAUGUAAACUUGCAGAUAGAAAACUAUGCACUACAGCAAAUAUGAUGUAAAAUAUUAGACUAAAAAGUAGAUUCUUCGCACGCCUUUCUUUCAUCAAAAGUUUUUUUGUUUUUUUCUGGACACAAAAAGAUAUUUAAUGCUAGGUUUGUGUUCCCGGGCGUAGCAUACUGAUCUAUACCACGUAAUAGAAUUUAACAACAUAUAUUAAAAACACUUAGAAUAUACUGUAUUAUCACACAGUGGAAUUCAUAUAAACCAACGUACUAUCAAUACACCUUGUACCGAUAACAAAUAUUCACAUUAUUAUACGGAUGGAUUUUUUUACUAAUUAUAGUAAAACUCGUUAAUGCUUAGAUAGUACAUAUAUAUAGUAAUUUUAACCCAAUAUAAUACUAAUAUGGCGAGAUUCAUUUUCCCAUGUUUCCUCUCUGCGGGUGGAGCCUCAGAACCUGGUUUUUAAUUUAUUCUGAUCAUACACACGCUUUUCUGUAGACGUGUGGUGUUGGGCCGUGAAUCCUGUUGAUUAAUGGUUUCUUUGACAGAUUCAUUUCCCUGUUUUAUUCUGUAUGGUUAGUUAAAAGGAAAUUAAAAGGCCUUUUUUGUAAACUUU